UUCUCUUGUAACUUCCUCUCCUGUGACUGGGGACAUAAAUAUUAGAGAAACAAAAGCCCAGAAUGCUAAGGUUGCCACUCUCACUUCCUCUUGCCCCUGAACCAGCAGCAGCACUGCUCUGAAUAUCUUAAUCAUCCCGGGGCACCCAGCGGGGCAGAGAGAAGGCGGCAGUGCCCCAGUGACCACCCCAGCAGGCGGAUACAACGUGUCAUGUUUCACAGAGCCACUUCUGGGCACAGAAAAUGCCAGAAUGAUGUCUCCUACCCGCCUGGCUGGGAUGCUGAUCCCAGCCAUGGCCUUCCUCUCCUGCCUGAGACCUGAGAGCUGGGAGCCUUGUGUGCAGGUGGUUCCUAACAUUACUUACAAAUGCAUGGAGCUGAAUCUCAACAAAAUUCCCAACAACAUUCCUACAUCAACCAAGAAACUGGACCUGAGCUUUAAUCCCCUGAGGCAUUUAGGCAACCAUAGCUUCUCCAACUUCCCGGAACUACAGGUGUUGGAUUUAUCCAGGUGUGAAAUUGAGACCAUCGAAAAUGAUACAUAUCAGGGCCUAAACCACCUCUCCAUCUUGAUAUUGACAGGAAACCCUAUCCAGAAGUUUUCCACAGAAGCCUUUUCUGGACUCUCAAGUUUACAGACUCUGGUGGCCGUGGAGACAAACCUACAUUCUCUAGAGGACCUCCCCAUUGGAUAUCUCAAAAACUUGAAGGAGCUUAAUGUGGCUCACAAUCUUAUCCGCUCCUUCAAGUUACCUGAAUAUUUUUCUAACAUGACCAACCUGGAGUACUUGGAUAUUUCCAAUAACAAGAUCAAAAAUAUUUAUCAUAGUGACUUGCAGGUUCUACAUCAAAUGCCUCUACUCAACCUUUCUUUAGACUUGUCCCUGAACCCUUUAUCCUUUAUCCAACCAGGUGCCUUUAAAGAAAUUAAACUCCAUGAACUGACUUUGAGAAGUAAUUUUGAUAGUAUAGAUGUAAUGAAAACUUGUAUUCAAGGUCUGGCUGGUUUAAAGAUCCAUCACUUGGUUCUGGGAGAAUUUAAAAAUGAAAGGAACUUGGAAAGCUUUGACAAAUAUCUCCUGGAGGGACUGUGCAAUUUGACCAUUGAAAAAUUCCGGAUAGCAUUCUUUGAUGAGUUCUCAGAGGAUAUCACUGACUUAUUUAAUUGUUUGGCGAAUGUUUCUACAAUUUCUCUGGUGCAUCUGUUUUUAAAGAGACCACGAUACUUUCCUAAAAAUCUCAGAUGGCAACGGCUGGAAAUGGUUAACUGUGAAUUUGAAGAAUUUCCCAAAUGGGAACUGGACUCUCUCAAGGAGUUUGUUUUCACUGCCAACAAAGGCGUGAGCACUUUUACUGAGAUGAAGCUGGAAAGCCUUGAAUUUCUAGAUCUCAGUAGAAAUGACCUGAGUUUCAAGGGUUGCUGUUCUUACACUGACUUGGGGACAACCAGACUGAAGCAUUUAGAUCUGAGCUUCAAUGAUAUUAUUACCAUGAGUUCUAACUUCUUGGGCUUAGAACAGCUAGAAUAUCUAGAUUUCCAGCAUUCCACCUUGAAACAGAGCAGUGACUUUUCAGUAUUCCUAUCCCUCAGAAACCUCCGUUACCUUGAUAUUUCUUAUACUCACACCCAAGUUGUCUUCAAAGGCAUUUUUGAUGGCUUGGUCAGCCUCCAAGUCUUGAAAAUGGCUGGCAAUUCUUUUCGGGACAACUUUCUUCCAAAUAUUUUCAAAGACCUGACUAACUUGACCAUUCUAGACCUCUCUAAGUGUCAGCUGGAAGGGGUGUCCCAGACAGCAUUUGGCUCACUUCCUAAACUUCAGUUGAUAAAUAUGAGUCAUAACAACCUCUUGUCAUUGGAUACAGUCCCUUAUGAGCCUCUCCUCUCUCUCCAAAUUCUGGAUUGCAGUUUUAAUCGAAUAGUGGCCUCCAAGGAGCAAGUACAACAGCAUUUUCCAAGUAAUCUAGUUUCCUUAAAUCUUACUCGGAAUGACUUUGCUUGUGUUUGUGAACACCAGAGUUUCCUGCAGUGGGUCAAGGACCACAGGCAUCUCUUGGUGGAAGUGGAAGAAAUGGUGUGUACCAAACCUUUAGACAUGCAGGACAUGCCCCUGCUGAGUUUUAGGAAUGCCACCUGUCAGAGGAGCAAGACUAUCAUUACUGUGUCAGUGUUCACUGUACUCAUGGUUUCUUUGGUAGCAGUUUUGGUGUAUAAGUUCUAUUUCCACCUGAUGCUUCUUGCUGGUUGCAAAAAGUACAGCAGAGGUGAAAGCACCUAUGAUGCCUUCGUUAUCUACUCAAGCCAGGAUGAAGACUGGGUGAGGAAUGAACUGGUAAAGAACUUGGAGGAGGGGGUGCCUCCCUUUCAGCUCUGCCUUCACUACAGAGACUUUAUCCCUGGUGUGGCCAUCGCCGCCAAUAUCAUCCAGGAAGGGUUCCACAAAAGCCGGAAGGUUAUUGUUGUGGUGUCCCGACACUUCAUCCAGAGCCGGUGGUGCAUCUUUGAGUACGAGAUUGCCCAGACCUGGCAGUUUCUUAGCAGUCGUGCCGGCAUCAUCUUCAUCGUCCUGCAGAAGGUGGAGAAGUCCCUGCUGCGGCAGCAGGUGGAGCUGUAUCGCCUUCUCAGCAGGAAUACUUACCUGGAGUGGGAAGACAGUGUGCUGGGCCGGCACAUCUUCUGGAGACGACUCCGAAAAGCCUUGCUGGAUGGUAAACCAUGGAGUCCAGAAGAAAUGGCGGAUGCAGAAAACAACUAGCAUGAAAUGGUAACCUCUGCCUGGGAAGGAAAAGCUCCCACGGGGCUCUGUGCCCAGCUGGACCCAGGACUUGUUCAGUUAACGAGUACUAAAUGCUGCGAUGUCCCUGGCAUUAUGCUAGGGGCUGAU